CAGGGACUUGGCGAUAGAGCUGCAGUUGGAAAAUCUGACUAGGGCAGCUCCCGACACACGCAGGGCCCGCUCACACGCAGGGCGGCCUGCUUCACGACCGCCUAGGGAACUGCAGGACUUGGGGGCGAUUUCCAGCGGAGAAACGGACAGGAAAGAUGCCUCAGGAACAGUACCCACACCACCGGAGUGCUAUGGCCAGUGCCGAGGGGCCGCAGGUGUACAAAGUGGGGAUUUACGGCUGGCGGAAAAGAUGCCUGUACUUCUUUGUCCUGCUCCUCAUGAUUUUAAUCCUGGUGAACUUGGCCAUGACCAUCUGGAUUCUCAAAGUCAUGAACUUCACAAUUGAUGGCAUGGGAAACUUGAGGAUCACAGAAAAAGGUCUCCGACUAGAAGGAGACUCAGAGUUCCUGCAGCCUCUCUACGCCAAAGAAAUCCAGUCCCGCCCAGGUAAUGCUCUGUACUUCAAAUCUGCCAGAAAUGUGACAGUGAACAUUCUGAACGACCAGACAAAGGUGCUCACUCAGCUGAUAACAGGUCCGAAGUCUGUAGAAGCUUAUGGCAAGAAGUUUGAAGUCAAAACCGUGUCUGGAAAAUUGCUCUUCUCUGCAGAUGACAAUGAAGUAGUUGUAGGGGCCGAGCGAUUAAGAGUCUUAGGAGCCGAGGGCACAGUCUUCCCCAAGUCGAUAGAAACACCCAAUGUGAGGGCCGACCCCUUCAAGGAGCUCAGGCUGGAGUCCCCCACCCGCUCUCUGGUGAUGGAAGCCCCCAAGGGCGUGGAAAUCAACGCAGAAGCCGGCAACUUGGAAGCCACCUGCAGGACGGAGCUAAGGCUGGAGUCCAAAGAUGGAGAGAUUAAGUUAGAUGCUGCGAAAAUCAAACUACCUAGACUGCCCCGAGGAUCGCACGCGCCCUCGGGGGCCCGGCACAAGGUCUUCGAGGUCUGCGUGUGCGCCAACGGGAGGCUGUUCCUGUCCCAGGCGGGGACGGGCUCCACCUGCCACAUCCACACGGGCGUGUGCCUCUGA